UGGAGUCGUCGCCAUGUGUUAACUUUUAAUCAAGAUAUAUUUACAUUACUUUCAUGCCACGUGCCUCUGAAAUGUCAACAAUUUCAUACUAUCUGUUGAUUGGAAUUGCAUUUUAGACUGGAAAUGAUUUCUGUUUAUUCUUGGAAACUACAGUUUAUCUUAAAUGAAUUAAAACUGAAUUUCUGGAGUUAGUAAGAGAUCAUUGAUGUAAUGAUAUUCGUUGAAUUCAAAGGUGUAGCAGUAUUAUCAGUUCACAAGAGAAAAUCAUGAUGGAAAAAGAUGUGAAGUAGUUCCAUUGUAUGGAGAAUUCAAUCAACAUUUUUAAGACAAAAUUCUACAUCUUUGACAUCUAAUAAUUGAUGAAAGUUUGUAUCCACUUCUAAUAAUUAAUGAAAGUUAGUAUCGACAUCUAAUAAUUGAUGAAAGUUUGUAUCGACAUCUAUUAAUUGAUGAAAGUUUGUAUCGACAUCUAUUAAUUGAUGAAAGGUUUGUAUCGACAUCUAUUAAUUGAUGAAAGUUAGUAUCAAAACUACCGAGAUGGAAACAGUAAUGGAAGAACCCAAAAUGUCUGGGAACGAGGUGGAACAAUUUCUACUCAACAAUACAGAUUUUAUUGUAGAACACUUGAAAAAGCAUGGGACACCAACUUUAAUAAAGAAAAUAAGUGAUAUUAAACCAAGUACACCAAGAAAAAUGCCAAUGUUCAACACGGCUCCACGUAAUUCUAUUACAACUUCUAUGUUUAAAAGGUAUGUGGAGGGUAAUAUAACUAGAAUCAAGCAGGAAAGGAAAAAUAUGACAGAGUUAAGGAAAAUGUCAGAAGAUGAAUUGUUUACGGAGUUGAUAAAAGACAUUGCUACAGAACUGGAUGUUAAUGUUUUAUGUCAUAAAAUUUUACAAAAUGUUAAUAUUCUUACAAAAAGUGAUCGUAGUAGUUUGUUUUUAGUAAGGGGAAGUAAAGAAAACAGACAUCUUGUUUCAAAACUUUUUGAUGUGACAGAAACCUCAACGCUACAAGAAUCACUGCAUACGGAGGAGACAGAAAUCAAAGUGCCUUUUGGUAGAGGAAUUGCUGGUUAUGUAGCACAAGCCAAAGAUACAGUCAACAUAACAGAAGCUUAUGAGGAUCCCAGGUUUAAUAAUGAUAUAGAUAAAAAGACAGGAUACAAAACAAUGAGUAUUCUGUGUAUGCCAAUAUCAAAUUAUGAAGGAGAGGUUAUAGGGGUUGCACAGAUUAUAAACAAAGCUGGAAAUGGAAUAUUUACUGUCGAGGAUGAAAGGCUGUUUGAGAAGUACCUAACAUUUUGUGGUAUUGGAUUAACUAAUGCACAGUUAUUUGAAAUGUCUGUCAUGGAAUACAAGAGAAAUCAGAUGUUAUUAAAUCUAGCUAGAGGUGUUUUUACAGAACAAACCAAUCUGGAUAAAUUGAUAAAAAAGAUAAUGUUAGAUGCUCAGGGACUUCUGAAAUGUGAGAGAUGCAGUGUGUACUUGAUAGAUGAUUCACUCGAAGGGGACUAUACCCACCCUGACCAUGAACAUGAAGAAAAGAAAAUAACAUCAACCCAGGAUGUUGUUUUCUCUAAAGCAUUUGACCUGUAUCCAAGAGAUGGUGGUAAUUUCCAUGUGCCAAGUGCCGCCCUUUUAAAGACCUCAAGAAAUGCAGAAAUAGCCAGACAUGUAGUAGUAGCAGCAGUACCUUUAAAUAUAGCCGACAUCACUCAGGAAAAUGACUACUGUAAAGGCGCUUUUGAUGAAGACCAAAACUUUAAAACAAAGAGUGUACUAUGUAUGCCAAUAUAUAACAGUGACAAAAAGAUAAUUGGUGUCACACAGCUGAUCAACAAAAUCAACGGAAAUCCUUUCAACGAGAGUGAUGCAAAUACUAUAGAAGCUUUUUCAAUUUUUACUGGACUUGGAAUACAUAAUUGUCAGAUGUAUGAGAAUGCAUGCAAACUAAUGGCCAAACAAAGUGUAGCAUUAGAAGUGUUGUCAUAUCAUGCCACAGCACAGAAUGAUGAGACAGAGAAACUAAUGACAUGUGAUAUACCUCCUGCUGAAAACCUUGGUUUAUAUACAUAUGAGUUUAAUGAUCUGCCAAUGUCGGAAGAUGAGACACUAAAAUCUACAAUAGCUAUGUUCAGAGAUUCUAACAUAAUUAAGAAAUUUCGUAUUCCUUAUGAUGUGAUAUGUAGAUGGACCUGUAGUGUCAAGAAGAAUUAUCGACCAGUAACUUAUCAUAACUGGAGACAUGCUUUUAAUGUAGCACAGACAAUGUUUACAAUUCUAUAUACAGGUGGACUGAUACCAUUAUUUGAUGACUUAGAAGUAUUUGCUCUCCUUGCUGGAUGUCUCUGCCAUGAUUUAGAUCACCGAGGGACAAAUAAUGCCUUCCAAGUCAAAGUAGAAUCACCAUUAGCCAUGCUGUACAGUACUUCAGUGAUGGAACAUCACCAUUUUGACCAUUGUAUUAUGAUAUUGAAUAGUGAGGGUAAUAAUAUUUUCCAGUCUUUGUCAUCAGAAGAGUAUAGAAAAGUUAUAAAAAUGUUAGAACAUGCCAUUUUAUCAACAGAUUUAGCAUUAUAUUUCAAAAAGAGAGGGGAUUUUAAGAUGAUUGUGGACCAAGGAGAAAAAGAGUUCCAGGAACCAAUCAAAAAGGACUUGCUAAAAGCUAUGAUGAUGACAGUUUGUGAUGUAGCAGCCAUAACAAAACCUUGGGAGGUCCAGUAUGAAGUAGCUCAUCUUGUGGCUAAUGAGUUCUUUGAACAAGGAGAUAUAGAGAAAACACAGUUAGGUGAAAAGCCUAUUGCCAUGAUGGAUAGAGAUAAGCAAGAUGAACUUCCAAAAAUGCAAGUUGGUUUUAUUGAUGCAAUAUGUAUUCCUGUAUAUAAAAUGUUUGCAGAAUUAAAUCCAGGGCUAGAACCAAUGUUUGUUGGUGUAACCAACAAUCGUAAUAACUGGCAAGCUUUGGCAGAAGACAAUGAACCAAAAACAACAAACAUGGACAAAGAAAAAGAAAAAGAAAAAGAAGAAAUCAAGGAAGAAAAUGAUUCUCCACAGACCAUAAAACCUCCCAGAACCAGUAAAGUAAAACCAGACCAACCACUAACAGCAAGAAAGAGUUCAAUUAAAUCAAAGCAGAUUACACCACAAAAGAAAGUUGUCAUUAAAGAACCAAAAGGCAAAACGAAAAUUUGUACAUUAAUGUGACAAAGAAUAUGUUCAGGCGAGCAGUGUGAUUGUAACAAUAAACUAUUCAUUUUAUAUACCGUACUUCCUGCUGAAAGUAGCGAGAAUCUUCUGAUAUUGGUGUUGAAGUUGACCUUUAAGUGUGGAAGAAAACAUGGAAAUAGACAGUAUAGUUCAAUUGAACACAGCAUUUUUUCUUCGAAUAAAUCACUCUAGGAUGUUUUAUUUUUAUAGUGUGUUAUAUAUUUAUUUAAUUUUUGUCUAUACAUCGUAUGGCAGAGUUCUAGUAAAAGUCAUGCAAGACUUUUAUUCAUAUUAACAUGUAACUUGUUAGGCCUUUGUCAGUGCUAACCAUGACAGUACUAGUAUAUAUAAUUUGUCUUGUAAUACAACAGUUGUUUUAAACAGGCAAAGAAGCAAGAUGAAAUGCAAUAUUUGUUGAGCAUUAUUUUGACUCUAAUUUGACAAUUUUUGUUAGUAUGCAUUAAAUGAAAGGUAUUGCCUUUUAUUGAUAUUUUCCUUUGAUCUUUCUGUAUAGUUUUACAUCUCAUGCUACAGAUGUGAAAUAGAUUUUUCUCAGUCAAGUAGAAAGAGAAUGUAUGACAUCACAUGCUUACUUCAAUGACAACAUCUAGGAAAAUGGUGAUAAACAAAUAAUCAAUAGUCCUUUAAACUUGGCUACAUCUCAUCUCAUAAUUAUUGCCCUUUGAUGAGAUUGUAGCCGUGAAACUAGCUCUAGUUUCGGAGAACCAUCGAUAAUCUAAAUUUUAUAACUAUUCUUUGUAUUAAAACAUAAUUUUAAGUUGAGCUUUAUAAAGUUCUGAAUUUGAAUUUCAAAGAGUAGUGUAUUAAAUUGCUUGGGAGAGUGAAAGUUGCUAUUAGAUACAGAUUUUCAUUGUACUGCAUCUGUUGUACAAUCACGCUCUACUUCUAAUAGUUAAAAUACAUUGUAGCUUUGGGACAUGAACUAGUCAUGUAAAAUUGUAGAUAUUCGUACAAAAUUUUUGUCUUCUUUAUACAAAUAAAAAAAUUGAAAUUUAUCAGAAUACUUCGUCAUUUAGAAAAUCUUUGUAAAUGGCCAAAAUGAUUAGAGCUGGCAAAAUGACUGGAUAUACAAAUCUUUACUUUCUUUCAUGUAUUGGUAAAAUUCCUUAAAAUUCCCAUUCUAUUACAAGUAUAACUAUUUUUCGCCAAAGUAUUUCAAUUUCAGACUCAGCUUUAAUCAGCAUAUGAAACUAUUAGAAGUGGAGCAUGAUAAUACAACAGGUGCUGUACAAUGAACAUCUGUUUCUAUCUUAGUUUAUUUUAUCCUUUACAGUAGGUAUUACUUCUAUCAUAUUUUGUCCUUUGAGUUAGUGCAUAAUAUCAUUAUCAGAUGUAUAUUUCAUAAGUAAGUGCUUUUCAAAAAUUGGAUAGAUUAUUUUUCCUUGAAUCCUUUUCUUACAAAAGAGUUCAACAAUGAAAGUUUGCUUGAUAAUUAUACUACUGUUUCAAUAUUUCACAUGAGAUUUUCUAGGUUGUGUGUGCACAACUUCAUUUAUGGCAGACAUUUAAUUAUCAACAUUUUUUAAAGUUAACCUGUAUUUAUCACAUUACCAUAAAUAUCCUGUGCAAAGGAUAUAUAUUUUGCACAUGCUAAUCAACAUUACUUGUAAAUUUAUUUAAGUCAUGCUGGAGCAACUUUGAUUUUAAUAUUGAUCAGUAUUUAAAAAAUCUUUUGUAAAAUAUUGAAAAGAAUUGACAUCUUACAAAAAAAGUUGUUAAAGAAAUGAAAGAAUUUUAUGUUGCAAGAUUUACACUUUAAAAUUUGAAUUUUUUAAUUAAGCUAAUGUUUAGAUUUAUGAUUUGGUUUGCCAGAGUUUUUGACUUGUGCAUAGGGCAGCUAAUAACUAGGGUCAUUUUGUAAAUUGUUAUGGAAGGAGAUAUUAAAGACUGAUAGUUUUUAGCUCACCGGGGCCCGAAGGGCCCCAUGUGAGCUUAUGCCAUCAUUUGGCGUCCGUCUUCGUCCUUCGUCGUCGUAAACUAUUUCAAAAAUCUUCUCCUCUGAAACUACUGGGCCAAAUACCUUCAAACUUUAACUAAAUGUUCCUUAGGGUAUCUAGUUUAUAAAUUGUAUCCGAGGUUUUGAUCCAUCGACAAACAUGGCCACCAUGGCUAAAAAUAGAACAUAGGGGUCAAAUGCAGUUUUUGGCUUAUAUCUCAAAAACUAAAGCUUUAAGAGCAAAUCUGACGUGGGGUAAAAUUGUUCAAUUGGUCAAGAUCUAUCAGCUCUGAAAUUUUCAGACGAUUCGAACAACCCAUUGUUGGGUUGCUGCCACCAAAUUGGUAGUUUUAACAAAAUUUUGCAGUUUUUUGUUAUUAUUUUGAAUAUUGUUAUAAAUAUAUAUAAACUGUAAGCAGCAAUAAUGUUCAGCGAAGUAAGAUCUACAAAAAAGUUAAUAUGACCAUAAUUGUCAAUUGACCCCUUAAGGAGUUAUUGCCCUUUAAAGACAAUUUUACACAAUUUGUUCAUCAAGUUUGCUAACAUUUAAAAAUCUUCUCCUCUGAAACUACUGGGCCAAUCACCUUCAAACUUUAACUAAAUGUUUCUUAGGGUAUCUUGUUUAUAAACUGUAUCCGAAGUUUGUAUCCAUCGACAAACAUGGCCGCCAUGGCUAAAAAUAAAACAUAAGGGUCAAAUGCAGUUUUUGGCUUAUAUCUCAAAAUCUAAAUCUUUUAGAGCAAAUGUGACAUGGGAUAAAAUUGUUUAAUUGGUCAAGAUCUAUUGGCCCUGAAAUUAUCAGACGAAUCGAACAACCCAUUGUUGGGUUGCUGCCACCAAAUUGGUAGUUUUAACAAAAUUUUGCAGUUUUUUGUUAUUAUUUUGAAUAUUAUUAUAGAUAUAUAUAAACUGUAAGCAGCAAUAAUGUUCAGCAAAGUAAGAUCUACAAAAAAGUUAAUAUGACCAUAAUUGUCAAUUGACCCCUUAAGGAGUUAUUGCCCUUUAAAGACAAUUUUACACAAUUUGUUCAUCAAGUUUGCUAACAUUUAAAAAUCUUCUCCUCUGAAAUACAGGUGAGCGAUUCAGGCUCUUGAGAACCUCUUGUUUAUGCCCCCGCUGUAGGCAACAGGGGCAUAAAGUGUUACCCUUGACUGUCCAUCUUUUUGUCCGUCUGUCCCUCCUUCCAUCCAUCUUUCUGUUUGUCUCUAACUUAAGUUUGCCUCAUCCAAAUUUUAUGAAACUCGUACACAAUUCUAAAAACUAGAACAUGCAGACAGUUCAAACUUGGGCAGGAGUCAUUUACUGUUCUAGAGUUAUGACCCUUUUUAACUUGGAAAAUUGCAAAGCUUGAGUGGGGGGCAUUUGUGUCCUCAGACACAUUCUUCUUUUAUUUUUAUGUAAAAGAACUUCAAUACAGAGAAUUUUUUUUUAUAUACAACAACUUCAAUACAGAGAGUUUUUUUUUAUAUAAAACCAUUUCAAUACAGAUAGUUAUUUCUCUCAUAUAUAGUUGCAAAAAACUAUGAUGUUGAUAAUUUUGGAUUAGAUACUCUUGAUGACUCACCCAAGCAUUUGAUUGAUUGUGGUUUAUAAAGCUAUAUAGUUUAGAAUUCAUUGCUAACUUGUGUUCAGUCAAACUCUUCUUUGGUUUUCUUUCCCUAAAAUAGAACAUAUUUCAGUUACUUAGCUGUUAAUAAGCCAAUCCUGAGCAAGUGAAAGUAUACAGAUCUCACAUGUGAAUAGAAUUUAGUUUUUAAUAUAUUAAAUCAUCCUUAAAAAUAAUUCAGAAAUGGCUUGCUGUAUUCUCAAACUGAAACAACAGCAAAUGAAAACUAAAAACUAUUUAGACAUUAAAGCUUCAAACCGGUGAAUGGUUAACAAAAUAAUUUUAAAAGAGUUCAUUAUUGUAUAUUGCAGUAAUUAAAUUACUUUUUAAAAAAGUAACUAUAUAUAGUCAUGAUGAACAUUUUCAAGUAUCCUCUGAAAUAUGAUAGAAAUGGACAAAAGAAAAAUACUUGAAAAAUAUUUGUGUUUCUAUGAAUUGAAAUGUUUUAUACCUCAAUAAGAUGUAGUUUGCUUAUCCACUACAUUAGUUGGACCAUAGAUGUAUAAGGUAUAUUAAAGCACUAGUUUAUUUAUAUGGAGGUUUGGUUAUUAUUAAUAUUAUUUCUGUUUGUUUUUCUUGCAAUGCCAUAGACUUGUCGUGCUGUUCUUAAAUGUUGGAAGAACCUUACUUUAUGCAAGUACAAGUAAAUUGUAAUUUGCCUUUUUAGAAUAUAAAGUAAUUUUGGUUAUUUACAAAAAUGCGACCAACAAAAUAUUAUGAUUGGUUAAUAAUGUUCUAAGGGGAUAUUCAACCAAUACUUUAUCAUUAAUAUAUAGGUUUUUUUGUGUACUAACAUUGAAAAUACCCUUAUUUUUUCUUAUUCUAAAAUGGCAAAGUCAUUUGAUGAUAAAAGAAAGAUACAAAAUAAAUCCUUGUGAUCAGAAUGUCUUCUUCUUGUUGUGUGAUACCUUUUAAACUUUUAUGAAAAAUAACAUUAAAUUUGUUUUAAUUUAGAAUAACAUAAUUGGUUUUACAUGUUUGCUGGUUUCAGUCUUUGAUUUGAUGUCUUAAAACUCUUUUACUGUUCUCACCUGAUGCAUAACUCUUAUUAGAAAUAUCAAGUCCAUUGUUGAUGGAGGUAAACAAAAAAUUAUUAUAUUCUAACACAUUAUUUACUAUAUGUAAAUCAACUCUUAAAAAGUGAUCAAUUUAUUGUUAUGCUUUUGUUUGCUUAAGACUCGUUAUUUUUAUGAUGUGAUUAUUUAUUUAUUUAUUUAAAUGACCCUAAAAUUUUAGUAUUUAAUUUAUUUAUUGCUCUGCUUUAUUUUCAACAGUGCCAACAGUAUUGUCAUUUAUAUCUGUUCUGUGAUACUUAAGAUUAUAAUUGCUUAUUUUACAAAUUCAUUACAGCAUGUACUAACAAUGUUUUAUCAUUUGUUUUGUUAAUUUAUGUUAAAACCCGACUCUAAGAGUGGGGCUGCUAUAUUGCAUUUACCUUGUCCUUCUGUCUGUUUGUCCAUCUGUUCAUCAAACAAAUUUUUCUCCAGUAUAUUUAAUAGCAUGACUUUAUAUUUGGUCAGCACUUUGACAUUGAUGAGUUUCUACAUGUGAUCACUUUUUCGAGUCUGUCAAACACCUUCUUUCUGUUUUCCAAUUCUUUGAAUUACUAGUGGGGCUAUACUUAAUAGCACCACAUGGCAUGCAAUCUUGUUCAUAUAGGUUUGAGUUUUUAUUAGUUAGAUGUAUCGUCUGAAGUUUGUUACUAUGAUUGUUGAAGCAUAGAUGAAUAAAAAGCCUGGCUUUAUACAUCUAGAGUUGAAGUAUUUUUUUACAUAUAUAUAUAUUAGCUUGAUGCAUGAAAAUUCCAUGUUUCAUGUUUUGUAUGAAUAUUGAUGUUUUGUUAAAACUUUUUGAUUGAUGAUAGUAGAUAGAACAAUUUUACAAAUUUAAGUGAAUUUGCUUUAAACAAAAACUACAAAUGGAAAUCCUUCACUUCUGUUUACCAAAAGCUUGUCUCAUAUGUUGUAUCUUUGUAAUAGUGACUGUUUUUUACUUUGCCACAGAUAGUCGAUGUAUCCUUGUUAUAGAUUCAAUAUUUUUAUUAGAAAGUUACUUUAUCACUACAAUCUUACUAUAUAGUUCAAAACAGUUCUAACACAUUGAGGUCACAAUGAUCUACAUUUUGUAAGGUCUGAAGAUCUUGUCAGUCAUUAAUCUUUGAUUUGUUGAUUUAGCAUUGGCCGUUAUUAUUACGACAACAGUUUUCAGUACUGAUUGCAACAUGAUAGUGACCUAAUAUUUAAAUAUUUUUGCAACAUUUGGAUCAGCAUGACCUUCAUUACUAUAAAUAGAACAUAUAUUAUUAUCUAGGGCAUUAUCUUUAGUUCUAAUUUACCUUUGUGUUGCAUUCAUGUUUUUGGCUCUCUAAAACAGAGAUUUGAUUAUUUUUGUAGUUCUUCUAGUCAACAAAUCUUAAACAGUAUUAUUUCAAAAUUUGAAUAACAGUGAAAUCAGUAUCUAGCUAGAAAAACAAAUUAUCAUUAUUUGAUAAAACCUGGUGAUUUUAAAAGUUUGCAGGUUAAGACAUAUUGUUUCCCUUUCAGAAGUUUUAUCGUUCUGUUUUCAAUUAGAAAUGAAUCUGUUGUAUUCUUUCAUAUCUUUAAAUGAUUUCUUUUUCUUUUUUUGAAAAUUUAACAUUUGUAGUACAAAUAAAAGAAAUAAACAUGUUAGAAAUGUUUCAAGGGGUUUGGAGAUUGUGCUGCUGGUUUAUUGUAAUUCCUCUUUAUAUUAUUAUCUUUCAGUGCAAUUAAUAGUGCAUUAGUUGGAUUACUCAAAAUUAUGUUCCAUGUACAAGUUUAAAGGAAUAUUUUUGUUGUUGUAAAAACUAUAUGCCAAUUUUGCCUUAUUUGACAGUCUUACACCAAGCAACACCUUCUGAAGAAGUCAACAAUCCAAACAACACCUUCUGAAGAAGUCAACAAUCCAAACAUACUGCCAGAUUUAUUAUUAUUGUAUUAUUUUGUUGAAAUCAAGUUUUGGUCUUUUUUUGAAAACAUUCAGCAUUACACAAUCAAUAAAAUACCUUAGAACAUAUACCUUGUUUUCCAAGACAACCACAAGAAUAUUUAUUAUUUAAAACUUUUUACCAAUGAUAUUAUUAUAUGUUGAUAGUCUACUGUGAUAGGUGAUUGUUUUGUUAUGUCUCAUAUUAUAAUGUUACAUUUCUGUUUAUUAAACUAUGCCAUUCUUUGA